AUGGCAGGUCAUUCUCACUCCUCCAACAUUAAAUAUCGCAAAGACCGGCAAGAUAAUGCCCGCAGUCAACUUUUUCUCAAAUUACGCAAAAAAAUCGAAAACAUUAUUCGAGAAGAGCACCAAGUCAACGAAAAGUCUUUAAGUAUUGCCCGAGAGAAUAAAUUUCCCAAAGAAAAAGCUCCGUAUGGGAUUUUGAUUUAUUUAGAGAAUAAUAAGGAUAUUACUACUGAUUUAACUAAAAAAUUAAAUUUGAAAAUGCUCCCUCUCUCUCUGCUUUCUAAUUAUUUCCAACCAUUAUAUAGCUUAAAAAUUAACCUAAAAGAAAGUAAUAAUAAUUUAGAAGAAUAUUUACUGACUUAUCUACCAAGCGAAAUUUGA